AUUCCUGGCUCUGCAGGUCAACAGCCCCUGAAUUCCAGUCCAAGUAUGAGCUUCAACAGGAAGCGAGUCGCAUUGGCUUGUAACUUUUGUCGAAGCCGAAAACGCCGGUGCGACGCACGUAAACCAUCCUGUUCAACCUGUAUUGAGCUCGAUGCCGAGUGUCAUUAUGAUGAGUUACCAGCUCAGAGAAUCGACACCUCCGGCGGCAGCCGGGAAAUCCUCAAUCGGCUCCGGGACAUUGAGGCCGUGCUGGAGACUCAGUCUGAGAAAAUAGCAGCCCUUUCCUCGGACUUCCGUGCGCCCUCAUCUCAUAUGCAGAGCGAGACGUCGCCUCAAAGCCAUACGUCGGUGCCUGUGACUGGUCUCCAGCCAGGCGUCGGGGGUAUCGGGGGCGCCGGAGUUCCUUUCACGCCCUGGUCCUUCUCCAGCAUGGAUGCCCAAUCAGAGUUUCCAAACCUGCCGCCGCUGACCAUCCCCGUCAAACACAAGACAUCGUCUAGCUAUCUGCUGAGCUUACCGUCGAUGAAGGCCUUGAUUGGGGAGUACCCGACCGACUUGUUCUUCUUGUUGGAGUCCAAGAACCCCCUUCCUCCCGAGCUGUCGUUCGACACCUGGCCGACGUCGCAGCCCCCAGUCGAGAUCCGACGAGAUGUCACCGAUAGGCUCGUGGACACAUUUUUCUCAACAGCGCAUCACAACCAUCCCAUAUUAGACCGCGAUGAGUUCAACGAGAUAUACUCUCGGUUCUUGGAGACAGGACCGGACUCGAGCAUUGAAUCCGCGCUCUGCAUGGUUGCCUUUGCCCUCGGAGAGAUUGCCGCAUCGCCACCCAACCCGCCCAACUUUAGCACAUCACCCCCUGGCAUGCGGUAUAUGCAGCAUGCCAUGCCCACUAUCAUCGCUCUCUCGUCCUGGUCGUUCUCGUUCAGUUUACUAUUGCCCCAGGCUCUCGUCUUGGCUAGUGUUUACUUUGCCUACAUUGUCCGGCCUCUCCAGAGCUGGCGCCUGAUCUAUUCAGCAUCUACAAUACUCCAGUUUAAGCUCUCCGGGAUUGACACCCGAGAAGAGGGGCCGAAUUCACUGGAGAGCAUCAUCCGUCUUUUCUGGUCUUGUUUUCUUGUGGAAUGUGACCGGCUCGCUGAGCUCGAACUGCCGCGAAGUGGACUGCAACAAUUGACCGACGAGAUCAGCCUCCCGACCUGCACCAAUCUCGGCCUCAUGCAGUCAACAUGCUACCUCGCCGAAAUUUCGAUUCGGAGGCUGCUCAACCGCAUUCACAACUCCCUCUACCCGAGCAAGAAGCACGUGCUCACCCUCUCCUCCACCACGCUUAUGGCGCCAGACGACUUCUCCAUCGACGAGAUUUCCUCCAUGAUGGUCGUCUGCGAUGAACUGCACGCACAACUCGAGACAUGGCAUGCCUCGAUUCCCGAGGCCUUCCGACCGAUGCUCAGCGUUGCGUCUCCCGCCAUCGAAUCCAACGACCGCGAGGCGAUACUGCGCAUCCGAUAUUUUGCGGCGCGGCACAUCAUAUAUCGGCCCUUUGUGCUUUACAUCGCCACCCACGGCCUGGAGCGCGCAUCUGAGUCCAUUUUCGACAAAGCCAGCAUGUGCAUCGAGAGCUGCAGGUAUUACAUCCACAAUACCACCCAGAUCUUGGCGAAACCAAGCCAGUACACUUGGACUUUCGCCUUAUCAUCACUUGGUGCUGUUGUGGUUCUCACUUUGGCUUCACUUAGCCCCGACUUGAGACACAUGGUGCCCGACAUUGACGAACUGCAGAGCGUGGCAAUUGAAAACAUUCGACCCUGGGCAUCCUCGAGUCUUGAAGCAGUCGUCUCGAUUCUGGAGGACAUGCGAAGGAAACAACGAAUUCUAUCCCGUGUCUAGGGUGCUUGGUGCUAGGCAAAUGACAUACUUGUACUGCUAUACCACCUUCUAAGUCAUGCGUGGCCCCAAGAACUAAUAACCUAGCUUCACCCAUAACGCCAUAUGUGAAUACCUCUAAGCACUAAUGCACCAAUCCUCACGAUCCUACAACUCUCCUCCGGUGGGCUGCGCG